AGGAGGACUCUCUCUCUCACACACACACACACACACACACACUCACACUCGAGCACAUUCGGAACAGCAGUCGCGGUAAGAGAUCCAGACUCUUCCAGACUCUCAGUGCUGUAUUCACUCGCCGCUGACUGAAGGUCCUCCACUCAUUCUGUCACUAGACAUCAUGUCCAUCGCACUCAAACAAGUGUUUAACAAAGACAAGACAUUCCGGCCCAAGCGUAAGUUCGAUCCGGGCACGCAGCGCUUCGAUCUGCACAAGCGUGCGCAGGCAUCACUAAACUCGGGCGUGGAUCUGAGAGCAGCGGUCCAGCUGCCACACGGCGAGGAUCUGAACGACUGGGUGGCUGUGCACGUGGUGGACUUCUUCAACCGCAUCAACCUCAUCUACGGCACGGUGUGUGAGUUCUGCACGGAAAAGAGCUGUCCGGUGAUGUCCGGCGGCCCGAGAUACGAGUACCGAUGGCAGGACGAGCACAAGUACAAGAAGCCCACGCCGCUGCCCGCUCAACAGUACAUGAACCUGCUGAUGGACUGGAUCGAGAUGCAGAUCAAUAACGAGGACAUCUUCCCCACCAGCAUCGGAAUUCCCUUCCCAAAGAACUUCAUCCAGAUCUGUAAGAAGAUCCUGUGUCGUCUUUUCCGUGUGUUUGUGCACGUCUACAUCCAUCAUUUCGACCGGAUCCUUCUGAUGGGAGCUGAAGCGCAUGUUAACACCUGCUACAAACACUUCUACUACUUCUGCACUGAACUCAACCUGAUCGACCGCAAAGAGCUGGAGCCGCUGAAAGAAAUGACCUCUAGAAUGUGUUUUUGAGCGCCGGCGUCUGGACCGUUUCCAAACACUCACACCUGAGAGGCUUUUCUCAGUAGCUUUAAUCCUUGAACUGGACGUUGCCGUGGAAAUAAGGUCAUCACCGUGGUGAUUUCAGAGCCUGGUGACAUCAUCACUGAGCCAGACUGACCUGUUAGGAUGAGGCUGAGAGACUGACAGAGAGCUCUGAUGCAGCGCCAUCUAGCGGUGAGGCGUGUUACUCACACUGUGCUAACAGAGCACUCAGAGGACAGCUGUUUCAUUCAGACAUCUGUUCAAGUACACAAAUACCUUAAUUUUAAUGUUCAGCUCUGUGAGGUUUGGAUGAACUGCUUUCAUUCAUCUCCAAGUUGCUUUAUUUCUGUUUGUGUUGCACUGAAAUGAAUGGUUAAGUUUUAGUCACUUGAUCAUUUGAUGAAAUGUCUUAUAAAUCUGAUGUUCAGUUGAGCCUCGGACUGUAAUUCUGUGAACUGGACGUCAGUAUUCAUCAGCUAAUCACAGUGUGUUCAUCUUCAGUUGAGGAGAAUUGAAAAGGUCACACAGUAUCUGUCGGAUCUGCUCUGAUUCUGUUCUAAUUUCUCAUUUGCAUUCUGUUAUAAUGUUAUAAUGCACUAACAUAAAUUAAGUUUAAUAGGUUUUGUGUUGAGUUCCCACUUUUAAGCCCUCGUCCAUCUUUUUAUGUUUGAAACUUGACCCUGUAAAUUUCAUAAAUAAUGCAAUAAAGAUUUUUGAUUGUAUUUAA